AGCAUAGUUAACAGCAUUGCUUACUCUAAAAUCAAUACUUUUCAACGGAAGAAUAAGCAUAAGCAUAAAUUACUUACUAGAGCUUCUGCUCCUAAUAACGACGAUGAAAAAGCACAACAAUCUGUGUCGCUUAGUCUGGAAGACGUGAAUCCUGUGGGACUGGGUCGAAGAUCACGACAGUUAUUCGAUGAGGUUUGGAGAAAAUUCUCCGAGUUGGGUCAGAUCUCUAGGACAAUCCGCACCGACGAUGAUAAGGAAGCAUUUCUCGGGCCUAUGUGCGAGUUCGCAAUCCCUGGCGCUCAGAAUACUACUGUCUUGGUUGUUGGUGCCACCAGUCGCAUUGGCCGCAUUCUUGUUCGUAAGCUCAUGCUCAGGGGUUACGCCGUUAAGGCUUUGGUAAGGAAGGCAGAUGAAGAGGUGGUGGAGGUGCUUCCAAGGUCUGUAGAGAUAGUGAUUGGGGAUGUUGGUGAUCCCACCACAGUCAAGUCUGCUGUACAAGGCUGCAACAAGAUUAUAUAUUGUGCCACUGCACGCUCUUCUAUUACUGCUGAUCUCUUCAGGGUUGAUCAUCAAGGAGUUUAUAACCUAUCUAAAGCAUUUCAGGAUCACAAUAAUAAAUUGGCUCAGUUGCGGGCUGGUAAAAGCAGCAAAAGCAAGCUCAUGAUUGCUAAAUUCAAAACUGCAUCUUCACUGGAUGGAUGGGAAGUUCGCCAAGGAACUUACUUCCAAGAUGUUGUUACCACUAAAUAUGAUGGAGGGAUGGAUGCCAAAUUUGAGUUCACUGAGAAUGAAGAUGCUGUUUUCUCAGGGUAUGUCUUCAAUAGAGGUGGCUAUGUAGAACUAUCAAAAAAGCUUUCUCUACCUUUGGGUUGUACUCUUGACAGGUAUGAGGGUCUGGUUCUCUCUGUUGGUGGCAAUGGAAGAUCUUAUGUACUGAUUCUAGAAGCGGGUCCUUCAGGAGACCCAAGUCAGAGUAGAUUGUAUUUUGCAAGAAUUAGUACAAAAGUUGGAUUUUGUAGGGUUAGGGUGCCUUUUUCAUCAUUCCGCCCUGUGAAACCAGAUCAUCCAGUUUUAGACCCUUUUCUUGUACAUACAUUAACAAUACGGUUUGAGCCUAGAAAACAGAGGACUAUUGAAGUAAAUGCAAGAAAGAACCAGGAUUUGAGAAGCUUUCAGCUCAUAUUGGAAUAUGUAAAAGCCUUGCCAACUGGACAAGAAACCGAUUUUGUCUUAGUUUCAUGUUCUGGCCUAGGAAUUGAGCCUUCCAGGCGAGAGCAAGUUCUUAAAGCCAAGAGGGCUGGUGAAGAUUCCUUGAGAAGAUCUGGCCUUGGAUACACAAUAGUUCGUCCAGGUCCAUUGCAGGAAGAACCUGGUGGGCAGCGCGCUCUAAUAUUUGAUCAAGGAAACAGAAUAUCUCGGGGCAUCAGCUGUGCUGAUGUGGCUGAUAUAUGUGUGAAGGCACUACAUGAUACAACUGCAAGAAACAAAAGUUUUGAUGUAUGUUACGAGUAUGUUGCUGAUGAUGGGAUGGAGCUUUAUGAGUUGGUUGCUCACUUGCCUGACAAAGCAAAUAACUACCUGACACCGGCUCUCUCUGUCUUAGAGAAAAAUACCUGAACAUCCCUGAUUGAGACCAUUAGCUACUCCAAUCUCAAAUAUAAACAAAAGUAUAGUUAAAAAAGUUAUAUAUUUAGUUCUAAAUUUGUCCUAGAUACAUUAAUUUUCUUUCGCUCUACUUUCGUAUAUAUUUGAGAUUGGAAGGAUUACCUCUUAAAAGUAAGGUUCCAUAAAUUGCUUCUUCUACUUCUGCAUAGCUGCAUCGAAUGGAAUGUAAUUAUUAUUAUUUUUUUUCUGUAUAUACUCACAGGCGACCUAAAAUUUACAGCUGAUAAAUUAUAGAAAUUGAAAAAUUCAUCA